AUGUCGGACAGAAAUUUAAACCGACCUGAAUUACCAAAACCCAAAAAGCCAUCUGAAUGGCGACGAUAUAAAGAACAAAAAAAAGAAUGGCGUAAUCAACGUCUUGAAAAAAAAUUAUCAAAAUUACUAGAAAAUGAACAGUCAGAAUCAUUAGACAUAACAGUAACACAAGAUAAAAUCGAUAUUGAAAAGAUAGACGGACGUCAAUUUACUAUAUCAAUUGCAUUACCCUCAUCCAUUAUGCGUAAUGCUCAAUCAUCCGAACUUCGAACAUAUUUAGCUGGUCAGAUCGGGCGUGCCUGUUGUGUAUUUAAUAUUGAUGAAAUAAUUAUAUUUAAUGAUGAUAAUGAAGGUGAGAAUGAAACAUUUAAUAUGACUGAUCAGCUUGUACGUUUACUUGAAUAUCUUGAGUGUCCGCAAUAUUUACGAAAGCAAUUUUUUCCAAAACAAAAAUUUUUAGAAUAUGCUGGCCUAUUGAAUCCACUCGAUGCACCACAUCAUUUACGAAUGAAUGAAUUAUGGUAUUAUCGUGAAGGUGUGACAUUGCCAAUGCCAUAUUCAGAUGGACAGGGUUCAUUGGUCGAUGUUGGCCUCUAUGAGACAAAAGUACAAAUCGAUAAACGUUUACAACCGGGUGUACGUGUUACAGUACAACGUUCCGAUAUCAAAGUGAAUGAUUAUUUAAAGUCAAAAAAAGAACAGCAACAACAAACGAAUGGUAUUGACUUACUAGGUAAUGAAAAAAAUUCUAAUAGAAAUAAAAAAAAGAUUUUUGGUGAAGUUGUAUCGCCUACGACUCCACGGACACAUCUCGGUCUCUAUUGGGGCUAUCAGGUGCGAAAAGUCGAAUCAAUACGAACAAUUUUUGACGAUUGUCCAUUUCAUGAUGAUGAUGAUAAACAAGCAAAAUAUGAUUUAGUUAUUGGUACAUCUGAGCGUGGUACAAAUAUUGAUGAUGUAGAAUAUUUUCCAGAAUUUAAACAUGCUUUAAUCGUGUUCGGUGGUUUGAAAGGCAUUGAACAUGCAAUUAAAUAUGCUAAUAAGAAUGAAGAUGAAACAGUUACAAUAAAUGAUAUUCAAACACAGUUCAACUAUUAUCUCAAUACUUGUCCAGAUCAAGGAAGUCGAACAAUAAGAACAGAAGAAGCUAUUUUAAUUACCUUAUCGUGUCUAAGACACAAAAUGUUAAAAGCAAAUGGAAAAAGUAAAAUUUAAGAAGUAUUUUCUUUUUCAAAGUUGUUAUUUUGAAAAAUUCUUUGCUUUACCGUUGUUGUUACUUCUUUUCCAUAAAUUUCUAGUCGAAGUGUUGUUUUUAGAUCAACACUUAUACCUUUAGUAAAUAAGAUCAGGUUUUGAAAAGCGUUUGAAGAAAUAUUUGAAUUUAAUAUUUUCUCAUCUCUGGUUUAAAAGAGUGAGCUUCUUCUGAAUUUGCUGAUUGGCUUUUCCUCUUGAACAUUCUACUCUUGCUGGGAGCUAUUCCGUAUUAUUAUUUGCUAAUAGUACGAUCGUAAUAAAAGCAGUUUGAACGCUUCACGGUUCUAAGAGGUACUAACUGGUAAGUAAAAAUGUGUUAAAGAAUGUAAUGCAUGCAUUUUAUUCUCUUACCGUUAUGGAUGUGAAAUUAUGCAAAAAAAAAUAAUUAAUUCGACAAAAAUGUAACUGCAGUAAAUUGAACAUGAUAUUUAUUUUUAUUUAGAACACAUCAAAAUUCACUUUCUAUAUCUGUGGGGGUCGUAUCACAAAAAAGCUUAAGUAUAAUUUAAGUUUUUUUGUGAUACGGCCCCCAGGAGGGUGUUUCACAGAAAUUCUUAAGUGCUCGAUUUAGACUUAAGUCAUACUUAAGUCUCCGUUUUCACUUAAGUUAAGCUAGACUUAAUUUUGAGUGUUUCACAAAAAUUCUUAAGUCAUAGACUUAACUUAGUUUAGACUUAAGUUAAGACUAGUCUGUACAUGUCUUAAGUUUAUCUUAACUCUUGCUGUGGUUAUAAUAUGAUAUAAAAAUUGAAGGAAACAAACUACAUUUUUUAACCGUUUUUCAUUGACACUUUUGUGGAAUAAAUAAAAGAAAUAAUGACGCUAGUUAAUCAGUGGUUGCUGAGAAGGGCUGUGAAAGAAUUUCUUUUGACAGAUAAAACCCUAUGGAAACCAUGACAGACGAUUUAUUGAUGGCGCGUUGUCGUUUUUCACGAAAGAUCGUUUAUGAACUACUCGAGAUUGUUGAACCCCUAAUUCGGUCAGCAACCGGUUGUAGUAAUUUAAUAUCUGCUU